AUGACCCCGCGACGUAGCCGUAAUGGCUGCCAGUCUUGUAAGGCACGUCGAAUGAAGUGCGACGAGGCUCGCCCAACUUGCGGCGCCUGUCGCAAGAAAGGAAUCGCUUGUGACUACAAGGUCAAGUUGAACUGGUUGGGAUCAGUGGCACAAGUUCGAGCGCCUGCUGAGGUCACUCGAUACAAACGCAGGACGAAACUGCCGCCUACUCCAGAGUCGCCACAUAUUUUUACCCCAGACUUUUCCGUUUGUCGAACGCGGAUAACGUUUGUUGAAAGCCCCCAUCCGCGGCUAGCUACCAAGUUGGAUCCGACACCUGAGAUGAAGUUCCAAGAGCACUUUGAAUUUUUUAUUAACGUGACCGGGGUAAAUUUGGUGCCGGUUCCGUACGCUGAAAAUCCGUUUACGAACGUUCUACCUAAGCUUGCCCUAGGUGAUGACAAUUUGUACGAUCUUUUGGUCGCCUAUGGAGCUGCUCAUCGUGAUAUGCUUUUGCGCAAUGGAAACCAGAGCGAAGAGCUUGUGAACAGUCUGGUUGACAAGGUAAAACAAGCGUUGGAUGUGAUGCAAGUAGUCAAUCCAGAUUCGGACGGGGCUUUGACCCUUGCCGCGGUUUUGUCUUCUCUUGACGUGGAUCGCAACCGGCCCAGUUGGCGGUACUAUGCUCAAUUGGUUCUAGAGAUGCUUGAUAGAAACCCAAGGGACCUCUCGGGGCCCCAUGGUGAGCUGCACUCUUUCGUAAUGAGACUAACCGCCUUUAUGGAAGUGAUGGGCAGUCUUUCGGCCAACACAUUCAGCCAGCUUCCAGCAGUAUCAUGGUGGCCCCGUUGGUCAGGCUCAUUUGAUUAUUUAACAGGCGUGGACCUCAAUGUUUUACCGCUCUUUGCCGAAGUUGCGAACCUCGUCCAGCAACGAGAAUACUGCGCGUUGUCUCUUCAUGAUCUUGCCGGUCUUUAUCGCCGUGGAUUGCAGAUUUUCCAGUUGCUGGGAGAUUAUUGGUUUGAAGAGUAUCGUCCAGUUAAUGAAAUUUCUGCCAUGUGUCUCCUGUUUCAACAAGCACUCCAGGUGCAUAUUUAUCGUCGUCUUUUCACAUUCAAACUAGAGCACGAAUACGUACAGCGGCUAGUUGCCCGUAUGACACGAAUGUUUGACCAAUAUAUCAAAGAGGACUCUACUAUCCAGUGCAAUAUGGCAUUCAUCAUUGUCACUGCUGCCAGUGAAGCUUUGGACCCUGAAAUGCGCAAGACAUAUUUACGGCGACUAAAGACUAUGGAGCGGGCUGGGUUCGCCUACGCUAGCAGUGUUUCAAGCGCGAUUGUAGAAUGCUGGAACCAAAACCAGAGCUAUAUUGGUUCCACGAGACUUUCUCUGUUGAUGUGA